CGGGGUGACGAUCUUUCAGGGCGGAACCAAAAGUUGAGGAAGUUUUGGUUCCGCCCGGAUGUUUCCGUCCAGACCGGAAAACGGAAACACCGGACAUCCGGCAGAUUCACGGAGGCUGUAAUCAGCCGAUUGGGCACAGCUGCGCCUAGUUGAAGAGAUCGCCGGGCAAUUGGAUGAUUAUAGUACAAAGAGGAGUAUAUAAAGCACAGUUAGAACACAGUUAGAGGUGCUUAGUGUGUGCUGGGAAACGGAGCUGUGCUCGUUUUUGGACGUGGUGGCUGUCUAUGGUUCUCUCUCUCUCUCUCGUUGCAGUCUUGAUUGUGGAGCUGCUGGAGUAAACAGGAAAACCCUAUGGGUCGAAAGGAACUUGUUCUAAUCAAUACUGAAGGAGUAAAGCAGGAAGAAAAUUGACCUUCUGGUACAACGUAAACAAAGGCUAUUCGCCGUGAGUAUACCCUUUUUGUGUGGAGUAACUGGUAAAAGUAACUUGUAUAACUAUUGGAAACCUCCAGGAGAAGGAGGGCGGCCCUACCCCUAUAAGAGUGUGGUGGGCGAGCCGUGAGAAGUCCAACUUCAAACAGCCACCGCAACGAGACUUAUUGUGGUCGUAUUUCCCAUCGCCUUAUUGUAGCCCAAGCGCAGUGGAGGACACCGGGCGCUUCCCUUGUUGUGGUGCACUUAUAGUGUGGUGAGUGAGACUGUGUAAUAAAUCUUUUUCACGUUUGGAGUGGUGCUGUGUAUUGCUGUGGGUUGCUGUGUGUCUUGUAGACGAAGCCCCGCAUCAUCCAUUUUCUUCCACUGGGCAGAGGACGGAGAGGCCAACGACUACAGAAACCACUGUUACUAUAAAUAGUAUGCUGUUUGGAGUGCGAAGGGACGCAGACUAAGAGCUGUCCGUGACCGUGAGUAAACCAUUGGAAACCAUUUCGUGGUGUGAACUUACCUGUGUCUGUUUUCGUCGCAGAGUCAGAGGCGAAAGGGUCCGCCGCCCCGUGGUCUCUACGAAAAGGGCGCCCCCGUCUAGGAAUCGAUCGGCCUAUGGGCAUUGGAGAUAGGGCAGCGCUCGACCCGGUGAGGUGGUGUGUGACCUUCGCCCCUCUGCUGACCUACGGAGGAGAACCAUACUUACCCAGAAAGCUGUAAACAGCGGAGCCGGUGAGAAAUACUCGAAGUCUCAGUAACAGUGUCUUUGUGUUCUAGCGGCCACCUGUGGAGAGAGAACAGAACGAGAGUGAAUCAUUGAAAGCCACUUGUGAACGUGAUACCUACCCAGAAAGCUGUAAGCAGCAGAGCCGGUGAGGAUUACUCGAAGUCUCAGCAACAGUGCCUUUGUGUUCUAGCGGCCACCUGUGGAGAGAGAGCAGAACGAGAGUGAAUUAUUGAAGAGCCACCUGUGAACGUGAUACCUACCCUGAAAGCUGUAAACAGCAGAGCCGUGGCCGCCUGUGGAGAACAAGGAGAAACAAUUGGAGAACAGACCGUGUAACGUGAUACCUACCCAGAGAGCUGCAAGCAGCAGAGCCGGUGAGAAACACCCUAAGUGUAAGCUAACAGUGCUUUUGUGUCACAGCGACUAUCUGUGUGGCACAAGGAGAUCGUGGGCGGACGUACGACAGGGAACGUAAAGGCACGUGGGGCGAGGACCCCCUGCCGACCCGAGGAAAGGUACACCGACAGUGGAGAUCCUCCUUACCAGUCACACCAAAAUUAUUCUGCCUCCAGGACGGAAGAAGGAGGGCGCCACGGCUAGCAGGGUCCAGGCCGGAGCCUGACGUUUCCCUUUCUCCCCCGGCUUAUGGUGGUUGGCACCCCUGUUGUCCUUGGCCUGUCUGCCCGUGGCUGCAGUCUCCCUGGAGGGAGAAGAAGAGACCUAUUAGUUUUAAUUUCCCCUUAACCCAAAUUCCCAGUUCUUUUAAAUAUUUAAACUAAAUAAAGCUUGUUUUAAAUUUUACUUACCUGUUCCCGUGUUUGUCUGGUCAUUGGGUUGGCUUUGGGGACCUCCUCGAGGUGGGAGUUGCAAAGGGGCGUGGCUUUAGUUUAAACCAGCCAGCCCCUGGUGGUGACAGAUUUUGGCGUAGUCGGCAGGGCCCCACCUCGAGUUGAGUAACCAAGGUCACCCAAUGACUGACAACGCGGGGCCUGCAGCCCCACCCCGUGCCACAUCUAUUAUCAUGGGAAGCCCAUGGAUCCAGAAAUACGGAGGAGCAGAGUCGGAGGUACGACUGACCGAAUGGAAGGCCCAAUUAGAGUACUUGGCCGACUUACAGGGCCUUAGCGCCGCUCAGCGGCUCCAGUUUGUGUUGAACUCCCUAGAGGGAGAAGCACGGCGAGAGGUACAAGCCGCCCCCGAAGCAAUCCGAGCCACCGCCCAGACUGUGUUCCAGUUCCUUACUGAACAAUAUGGCGACCAUACCCCCGUAGCUGUCCUCCGUUCACAAUUUUUUAAUUGUAAGCAAGGCCCCCGACAACCUAUUAGAGCUUUUGCCCUCCGGCUGCGAGAGCAGUUCACUCGCCUGCAGGCCCGACGAGACCAUGGGCUAGGAGACGGAGAGACCUUGUUACGCGACCAGUUCCUCCUGGGGAUGAAAGAGGGCCCCGUGAGACAAAGUCUGAGGGUCCAGUUUCGACGGGACUCCGGGCUCACCUUUGAGGACCUAAAGAAGGAGGCGCUGGCCUUGGAAGGCGAUGAGGUCGAAGUAAGUGAAACCCCUGUAUGUGCGGCCGUAAGUGGGAACACCGCAGCACCACCUGAACACGCAGAUUGGAAGCAAGCCCUCAGAGUAGAAUUGUUGAAAGAUGUCCGAGAGCAGAUGUCGGAACUAUCUAAGGCUCUUCUGGGAGAACUUCGUCAAGGUAGGGCGCAAGAGGAACCGAGGCCGGCACCCCGAGAGCGAGUCUACUCUGAGAGGGGCCGAGAGCCACCGGGGCGCCCGAACCGUUUUAACCGGCCCCGCUUUGAGUGGGAUGACCAAGGGCGGCCAAUCUGCAAUCGUUGUGGAGAACCAGGGCAUUAUAGCCGUCAGUUAACUGGUAAAAGUAACUUGUAUAACUAUUGGAAACCUCCAGGAGAAGGAGGGCGGCCCUACCCCUAUAAGAGUGUGGUGGGCGAGCCGUGA